CUGAUGCACAGUGAAGCACAGACCUGAUGGAGCUUUUUACAGCACUCGUGCUCGUCGGCAUGUUAAGCACCGCGAAGGCGCUGAUCGACUCUGACGACGUCAUCACGCGGGAUGAGCAAAUCUUCCUCCUGAUCCGGGCCGGGGCGCGGUGUGAAAGAAACAUCCGAGCCCAGCUCAGGACAGUCCGAGAAGGCGACUGCGUGCCGGAGUGGGACGGCAUCAUCUGCUGGCCGAGAGGGAAACGCAGUCAGCUUAUAGCUGUGCCUUGUCCAGAGUAUGUUUAUGAUUUCGACCACAGAGGUCGUGCGUACCGUAACUGCGAUGCUUCUGGAAACUGGGAGCAAGUUUCAUCUAUCAACCGUACCUGGGCGGAUUACACUGAGUGCACAAUGAAGCUGCAGUCUAACCAUGGCAGGGAAGAGGAGGAGGUUUUCAAGAGGCUUCAUGUGAUGUACACUACCGGAUACUCCAUCUCUCUGUCCUCGCUGCUGGUGGCCCUCUUCAUUCUAUGCUAUUUUAAACGUUUACACUGCACUCGUAAUUACAUCCACACCCACCUGUUCACCUCCUUCAUAUGCCGAGCAGUCAGCAUCUUCGUAAAGGAUGCCGUACUCUACAAAGAGGAAGGCACCAAAGCAGAGUACGGAGAAGUGGGAACCCCAGCUCAGAUGGUGAGCUGUAAAGUAGCCGUGACCUUUUUCCACUAUUUCCUGGCGACCAAUCACUACUGGAUCCUGGUGGAGGGCCUGUACCUGCACAGUCUGAUCUUCAUGGCUUUCUUAUCUGACAAAAAUUAUCUGUGGGCUCUAACCAUCAUUGGCUGGGGUGUUCCAGCGGUGUUUGUCUCAAUCUGGAUCAGUGUUCGAGCCUCGCUGGCUGAUACACAAUGUUGGGAUAUCAGCGCAGGAAAUGUAAAGUGGAUUUUUCAAGUUCCAAUCCUUGCGUCCAUUGCUGUCAACUUCUUUCUUUUCCUCAACAUCAUCAGAGUUUUGGCAUCAAAGCUGUGGGAGACAAACACUGGGAAACUAGACCCGAGGCAGCAGUACAGGAAGCUGCUGAAGUCGACGUUGGUGCUGAUGCCGCUCUUCGGGGUUCACUACAUCGUGUUUAUGGGUCUUCCUUACACAGAGGUCACCGGGCUGCUUUGGCAGAUCCAGAUGCACUAUGAGAUAUUCUUCAAUUCGUUACAGGGAUUUUUUGUCGCCCUCAUCUACUGUUUCUGCAAUGGAGAGGUGCAGGCGGAGGUGAAAAAGGCAUGGCUAAGACGAAGCCUCGCUCUGGACAUCAAGCAAAAGGCACGUGUAGUUAGCAGCACUGGAGGCGGGAGCUGUUACUAUGGUGGCAUGACAUCACACACCACCACUCAGAGCAUCUGUCUUAGCGCUCAGGGACCGAUCCUGGCUCGGGGUGUGGCCUUAGCAGCCUUGACAGGGUACGCACCAAGUGAGACUGCAGAUACCACAUUACCCACAGUUCCGCAGUCAGAGCUGAGAAGGGCAAGCAGCACAGGGGCACUGCGUGAUCAGAACGGGCAAAGCAUUGGAGGACCUCAGGAAGAGGAAGAAGAAUUAGAGAAAGAGCAUCUAUACUUUAUUGCUGAAGACCAUUCGGGAUCAGUGUCGCUGAAAGAUCUGGAAACAAUUCUGUAAAAGGCUUUGAGCAAUAUGUUGUUGAACAGCAGUUGGCUAGCAAGUUUUGUUGCCUCUAACAGCUGUGAUG